CAAACAGAAGUUUCUCCUCUCUCUCCCCCUCUCUCUAAGAAUGUUCAGGCCCCUCCUCCUUAUGAUAAUGUGACAGGAGCAUCUCCGGCUCGGAGAGGAGGCUCCUCUCAUUCUGACUCCGUUAUGUGAUCAGUUUCUCCGCACACGGACUCCUGCCGUCUCCUCCUCUGGUUCCCCCUUUUCUCCUUCUCGUCGUCACUCUCAGCUCCGCACGCGCAGCUUCCCUCCCGCAAAUCAACUGAGAAGUUACUUUCGAAACACUUCAAACUUUACUUUUCCUCAGGCAUGACCACCAUGGCCACUCCGGCUGCUGCGGCUCUGCUCCCCGCCGCUCCUCUCGGCCACCACCCGGCGCCGAGUUCCACCUCUCCGGCCACCAACUCUCCGCCACCUGCGGCCACCUCCGCCGCCUCUUCCCCGACUCCUCCGGUGGCUCACCCGGCGCUGCUCCACCAGUUCCGGGCGGACCUCUUACUGGCAAACGGUGGCCCGCUGAAGGCAGGAGGAGCGGCGGUGUCCGGCGGCGUGAAGCCCGUGUACGCCACCCCGUCCCCCGUGGAGAGCACGCCGCAGAACAACGAGUGUAAGCUGGUGGAGGUGAAAGGCGCCAAGCUGGCGUCGUUCACGGUCAGAGACACGGAGCUCAUCUGCCUGCCGCAGGCCUUCGACGUCUUCCUCAAGCACCUGGUCGGAGGGCUGCACACCGUCUACACCAAGCUCAAACGGCUGGACAUUUCCCCGGUGGUGUGCAACGUGGAGCAGGUACGGGUGCUGCGGGGUCUGGGGGCCAUCCAGCCCGGAGUGAACCGCUGCAAACUCAUCUCCCGCCAGGACUUCGAGACGCUCUACAACGACUGUACCAACGCCAGUUCUAGACCUGGUCGACCGCCCAAGAGGCUCCAGAGUGUGACAGAGGGCGGAACCCACCACAUGCUGUCCCACAGCGGUCUGUUGCAUGCUGGGAUCUUGCCCCCUGCAGAUCUUUCUGCCUUGGCCAAGAAGAUCAAACUGGAAGCAAUGGGUGGUUACCACAGCAACCAGCAACAUGGCGGGCCCAAUGGAGAGAAUGGUGAUCACAACCCCGGGCUCGUUUUGGAUCAGUUGCCCUUCAUGAUGAUGUCACAUCCUCUGAUUCCUGCCAGCCUGGCACCUGCCUCCGUUUCCAUGGCAAUGGGCCAGAUGAACCGGCUGAGCACACUGGCCAGCAUGGCAAACAUGGCACAGCUGCAUGCCAGCCCCCACGCCAGGCCACCCACCUCUGUCAUUAAGGAGCGAGUGUGUGAUAGUCCCUCUCCUACUCCCUCACUGGAGGAAGCUCAGCUGUCAUCCAAUCACAGCAGCAGUGUGUCCAGUUCACCUCAUACAGAACACACCGCAGAAUCCACACACCAAGUCCACGAAGGGCUGCUGUCAAAUCACAUGGUGUUAGGACAUUCACCCCCUGUGGUGCAGGCGGUCAGAGAAACAGAUGUGACCUCAGUGGACAACAAGAGGAGCCACACUGACAGAGAUAACAGCUCCUUGGCCACUCAGGCAUCCAGGGAGGUGUGUGACAGACAGAUCUACCAGGGGCAGAAACCCACAUCAGUCAGAGAGAGCUGUGAGAAGGUAGCUUACCCCACGGGACAGAAGCUCCCAGCAGGCCUCCACCACACUCCCUUCAUCUUCCCGGAAGGCUUGUCCUCCAUAGAGACCCUGCUCACGAACAUCCAGGGUCUGCUGAGGGUUGCCAUAGAGAAUGCCCGAGCACAGGAGAAGCAGGACCAACUGGAGAGGACGGAGUUAAAGAUGGAGCUGGUUAGGGAACGAGAACUCAGAGAGACUUUGGAGAGACAACUUAGCAUGGAACAGAAAAACAGAGUUCUGAUCCAGAAACGCCUGAAAAAGGAGAAAAGGAAUAAGAGGAGGCUACAAGAGGCACUGGAAGAGGAAGUUAAACUUCGUGACCAGGCAGAACACAACCUGCUACACACUGCUAGUACACACACAGGCCAUCAAUCAUCAGUAGCCCCUCCUUACACAGAGUCCAUGACCCAGGACAUGGACGGGAGCAAAUGUGACGACAGCAGGCUGGACACCAAGGCAACAGUACCAGAUGGCAGGACGUUCUUGCAGACGACUGCAAUGUACUGAAGAUGAAAGAGAUGGAUGGAUAGAAAGAAGUGGUGCAGAAUAAAGGGAUAAAGAGUC